AGAAAUUAUCGAUUUCCAAAUGAAAGGCAGAAUUAAGGCUUGCUGCAUCGCCAAGACGAUAGAUUGGACAGGGAGGAGGGCUCCGCAGCAGGAUAAACAGAGCGGAUUGAUAGUACCUUGGCGGAGGGAGCGACUUGGCAGACUUGCUGGCGACGACUCGCUGCGUACCUUUGUUCGGUGAAUAUUAUACUUUUGCGACCCACGCGCUGAACCAAACAUCAAGACGUCUGUUUCGAGAACAAGCGCGCCAAGCUCUGGGCACAAGUGAAGGCUGACAAUGUCAGUGGACACUGCAAGC